GAAAAGAGGGCGUGGUUAGUUUUGUAGCCGAGUUAAGAUUGGAAGUCACGCGGUUGUUUGCGUUCAUUGUAGGUUACGAGUGGAAGCGCGUGAGAGGUUCCCUGCAACCGAAGGCCUCGUGAGUUUACUCUCCAGGGUUUAUCGCUCUGCUCAGCAAGGUGUAACCCAGCUGUGCUGACCGCUAACUAGCGCUUCAAACUCAAUCGACAACACCAAACCAGCAGUUCACCUCUUCCCAGGGCGACCAGCGGUGUGUUUAUGUCUUUGUUUUGCGAAAACGGUGAGUACCUGGACGACAGGAGCUACGGAUGGGAAAGUGCUAUAGUGCAGCUGUCGGAACCUGUUUGGGGGGAACUUAGUCAACGAACUCGACCCCUGGCGCCUCAGUGGCCGUACCCUUCUCAUGUCAGAGACAGAGUACUCUUACAGUUGUUUAUGUCAUCCCCUGCUCGCCAAACAGAAGACACUGAAAAUUACCAAAUCAAGAUCUUCUCAUCUUGCUGAUAAACCAUACGGCAAGCCAAAAUGUCCCUCAAUGUCAAUCGCAGCGUGUCAGACCAGUUCUACCGCUAUAAAAUGCCCCGUUUGAUUGCUAAGGUGGAAGGCAAGGGGAAUGGAAUUAAGACAGUCAUAGUCAACAUGGUUGAUGUUGCCAAGGCUCUGAAUAGGCCUCCUACAUAUCCUACCAAAUUCUUUGGCUGUGAAUUGGGAGCCCAGACCCAGUUUGAUGCCAAAAACGACCGCUACAUCGUCAAUGGAUCUCACGAGGCAAACAAACUGCAAGACAUGCUGGAUGGAUUCAUUCGCAAGUUUGUGCUGUGUCCCGAGUGUGACAAUCCAGAAACCGAUUUGCACAUUAACCCCAAGAAGCAGACCAUUGGAAACUCCUGCAAGGCCUGUGGGUACCGAGGCAUGUUGGACACCAGACACAAACUCUGCACCUUCAUUCUCAAGAAUCCACCUGAGAAUGAAAGUGGAUCUGUGAAAAAGGAGAAAGAAAAAAAGAAUCGAAAGAAGGACAAAGAGAACGGCUCAAGCGGUGGAGAGGCCGGGAACCGUAAUGACAUCGAUGCCCCUGAUGCUGUGGAUGGUGAUGAUGACGAUGAAGACUGGGCGGAGGAGACCACAGAGGAGGCCCAGCGCCGUAGGAUGGAAGAGAUCAGCGACCAUGCCAAGGGCCUCACACUUAGUGAAGACCUGGAGAAGUCCCUGGAGGAGAGGGUCAACAUAUUUUACAGCUUUGUGAAGCAAAAGAAGGACAGUGGAUCAAUUGACUCUGCAGAUAAAGACAUUUUGGCUGAGGCUGAAAGGCUGGAUGUGAAGGCCAUGGGUCCUUUGAUCCUAAGCGAGCUGCUUUUUGAUGACAACAUUCGGGAUCAGAUCAAAAAGUACAAGCGUCACUUCCUCCGGUUCUGCCACAACAAUAAAAAGGCUCAAAAAUAUCUCCUGGGUGGAUUUGAGUGCCUGGUGAAGCUGUAUCCGAGUCAGCUCCUGCCCCGAGUCCCCAUUAUACUUAAAGCCCUAUAUGAUGCAGACCUGCUGGAGGAAGAUGUCAUACUGGCAUGGGCUGAAAAGGUCUCCAAGAAGUACGUCUCUAAAGAGUUGGCAAAGGAGAUUCAUGCCAAGGCUGAACCCUUUGUUAAAUGGCUGAAGGAGGCAGAGGAAGAGAGUGAGGGCAGUGAGGAAGAGGAAGAUGAUGAGGAGGACAAUGUUGAGGUGGUAUAUUCUUCCGCUGCCCGUGAGCUUAAAAUGGAGACCACGAAACCUGUAAAGGCGGACCAUGAGGAGGAUGACAUUGAUAUUGAUGCCAUUUGAGGAUAAAACCAAAAAGCUUUGUUUUGUCAGACGCAUGCCUUUCACCUCCUUGGGCCUUCUCUUCAGCAGUAGUGCUAUGUUGAAAGCGUCUUAUUUUAAUCUUCUCACCAGCUCUCUUAAUGAAUUGUUGCUCUGUUAUUUGUAGGCAUGAAUUUCUUAGAUUAUAGAGCAUAAAAUGCACAUGAUUUCUCCUUGUAUUUUUGCAACUAUUAAAGAUUUGCUUGUGAAUUGCA